GAACAUUUGCUGCCUCCCCUGAACUCUGACCAUAGUUCUUGUCUUAUUGACUUAGCCCAUCAAUUACCUUCAGCUGGAAGCCAUCCUUUUAAAUUUUUCAACUACCUGACCAAACACUUGAACUUUCAUAGCGUAUUAGUUUGGGUUCAGGCCGGAAGCUUUGGUUCCAACCUCACUUACCUGUGUUGGAAACAAAAGACCAUUAAGAGAGCACUAAAAGAGCUAAACAGAGAGAAUUUUUUCCAAAUACAAAAGAAACACUUCAAGUCUAUUUUGGGGCCAGACAUUCUCCUUUCUCUUGAUAUUCACUCCCCAUCGAGCCUAUUUGCUUCUGGUGUAUCUCAAGCUGAGACUGAUCUCAUCUCUUUCUCCACUGGAAUUCCUCAGGGGUUUCUCCCAGUCUGUUACCUAGGUGUCCCAUUAUGCACCAAUAAGUUAAGCAUCAGUAACUGUGAAAUGUUAAUUCACCAAGUCACGUCACGGGUUACCUCUUGGAGUGUGAAGUCCCUUUCUUUUGCAGGGCGGGUUCUUCUUAUUAAAACGGUGAUUGCUGGUAUCUCUUCCUUCUGGUACUCCUCCAUCAUUCUCCCUAAGGCGUGUAUUAUGCGUAUCAACUCGCUCUGUAGCAUAUUUCUGUGGAAAGGCAACAUAGAAGGUCAUCACUCAGCAAGAGUCUCUUGGGAGACGAUAACUAAAACAAAGAGUCAAGGAGUUAGAUAUGAUAUUUUCCCUUGGAUCAAGCUGAGGGUUGAGAGUGGUCAGAACUGCAGGUUCUGGUCUGAUAACUGGUCUCCUUUUGGCAACAUUGAGGAUUACCUCCAAGGAAAUCGGCACAAUAGAUUGGGUAUCUCUCAGUCUGCCUUGCUCUCAAGUCUUCAAACCAUGGCAACUGGAAUUUGCCUCCUGCAGGUUCAGAAAAUCCAGGAUACAAUCGUCUGGAAUGUUGGAGGCAUCCCAAAACAGAACUUCUUGGCUUGGUUGUUAAUCUUGACCCGAUGCCCCACAAAGGAUCGAAUUAUUGGUUGGGUUUUCUCUACGGAUCCUGCGUGCAUCCUAUGUAACUCAACUAAUGAGAGUAGAGAUCACCUCUUAUUUGACUGUGACUUCAGUUGGUUGAUUUGGGAGAAUGUGGCUCGUCAAUGCAAUCUGCAACUAGUUAGGGAUUGGCAUGACUCGAUUUCGCAGAUGGAGACUCUAUAUGGUGGAAAUCUGACAAAGAGAUUGACUCUUCUAGGUUGGCAAGCAACGAUCUAUUGGAUA